GUGUCCUAGUUUGGUUCUUCUUGUUGAUCCUACAAUUUUGAUUGUUUUUUUUUUGGAUAACCGAGCAUCAUGGGCCGAAACCCAGACUAAUCUCGGUGCCGAGAGCCAGCCAUGUGAUUUGAAUUAUACGCUCCCUCCCCAAACUUGAGGUUCGAACUCGAGACGGGACAGACGCUUUGCGCCCCCGUUCCACCGGUUGAACUACCCAAGUUUGGGCUACAAUUUUGAUUGUUCCUACCAUUAUUAUGUAAAUAUUUGUGUAUAUACACAAAUAUGUAGAAAACCUAAGCUAAAUCCUGUGUAUACACAAAUACUAUAUUACCCUUAUAACCAUCUGUACCAAUGGAUGCUUUCGGUGUAGGUGAUGGUGAUUCUAGGACAUAAACAUAGUUUUUUUUUUUUGAAGUUUUGGAAGUUGGUUCUUGGAUUUGGGUCUCAUGGUGAAGCAGUUGGUAUAUUAUGUCAUCCUUUGCUGCUAUUUAGUUCAUAGUUCUCUCGGUCUCAACACUCAUAUCAAACAAACAUCUGUUUUGUCCUUUGAGCCUUCAAAUGAUCUAACUUGUCUAAAAACUAAGAACAUGGCAGCAAACGAUGUACCUUGUUGUGAAACCAUGUUCUGGGUUUACCUUAUCAUAUGCGUUGCCCUCGUGUUAUUUGCAGGGUUAAUGUCAGGACUGACUCUAGGGCUCAUGUCCCUUAGUCUUGUCGAGCUCGAGGUCAUGAUCAAAGCUGGUGAACCCCAUGAACGCAGAAACGCUGAAAAGAUUCUGCCACUCGUUAAGAAUCAGCAUCUUCUUCUGUGCACACUUCUGAUAGGCAAUGCUAUGGCCAUGGAGGCUUUACCGAUCUUCGUUGACGCUUUGCUUCCUGCUUGGGGCGCUAUCCUGAUAUCGGUGACUCUCAUACUUGCCUUUGGUGAGAUUCUACCGCAAGCCGUAUGUUCCCGAUACGGACUGAGCAUCGGGGCAAAACUAUCUUUUCUGGUUCGGUUAAUUGUCAUAGUUCUCUUUCCAUUAGCCUAUCCAAUCAGCAAGUUGCUGGACUGGCUUCUCGGGAAGCACCAGUCUUCGCUUUUAAGACGAGCGGAGCUCAAAAUGUUAGUGCAUAUGCAUGGAAACGAGGCAGGGAAAGGCGGGGAACUGACUCGCGACGAAACAACAAUCAUAUCAGGAGCUCUGGAUAUGACCCAGAAGACUGCAAAAGAUGCCAUGACACCCAUUUCUGAGAUCUUCUCGCUCGAUAUAAAUACAAAGCUUGAUGAGAAGACGUUGGGAUUAAUAGCAAGUGAAGGUCAUAGUCGUGUGCCUAUUUACUCGGGAAUCCCUAGAACUAUCAUCGGAUUUAUCCUGGUGAAGAACUUGAUAAAAAUCCGAGCUGAAGACGAGACAACGAUCAGAGAUAUCCCGAUCAGGAGAAUGCCCCGGGUGAAUACAAAUCUCCCUCUUUACGACAUACUCAACAUAUUCCAAACGGGUCGGAGCCACAUGGCUGCUGUUGUCGAAGCCAAGAACGUUAUCAACGGUCCGUUGGAUCACAAGAACGCCAAAGGAUUAGCUUAUAAAUCACCACCACAGGCACAGAGAGAUGAUCAAGUCAUUUUGAGCAUUCCCGGGACAUUUGGUAAUGAAGUUUAUUGUCAGAGUCCAGUCCAAUACAUUGACAGCCAUGCUGAACAAGAUGAGGAACUGGUCGGAAUCAUAACUCUUGAAGAUGUCAUGGAAGAACUCAUACAGGAGGAAAUUUUCGACGAGACUGACAGAUACGUCGAGGUUUAUAAGAGACUCACAGUUAAGAUGUUACCACCGGAAAAGUCGCCGGAAAAAUCCACGUGGAUCUCGGAUCUUGGCCGGAGAAGCCAUCCGCCGUCUCCAAUCACACCGCACCACCAAAGUCCACUGUCUUCAAACAGCAUAACGCCUACACUUCUCCGGUCACCGGUGAAAUCACCGUACCCUAAAUCACCGGUGAUCCGGCCGAAACUGUAUGCUUCUCCUUCACGGUAUUCUCCGGCGCUGUGUUCAGACAUUGAUUGUUCCAGUUCCCUGUCUCCGAACCGGGUCUCGAGGACAUCUUAUGUGAAGCUACCGAGACCAGACGUUUCAUAGUUUCUUGUAAUAAAAUAGAAUAAUUAUCUAUAUCCAAUGCAAUUGUUGUA